CCUAACCAAACGAGGAGCGAGGACGGGAGGUGCGCAGGUACGGAGGCAGGGGGGUUGUUUGAUUGGUUGAUCGAUUGAUUGAUUGAUUGGUCGAUCGAUUGAUUGAUUGAUUGGACUAGAUUGGAUUUGAUUUGGCGGGGAUUGAUUGGGUUGAACUGAUUCUGAGUGAUUCUGGGGUUGUUGUGUUGUUGUAGAAGGAAGGAAUGGCGCCACUUGACCCUCACUCGUUCACUGACAGCGAUCAGCCGCUGACUCAAACGAUUCAUCUGAAUCUCCACGUGGAUUUCGAGGCGAAGGUUAUCUCCGGAAGUGCCACGCUGGAGCUUGAUCGACCCGCCAACGGGGUUCUCGAUCUGGACACGCGGGACCUCCACAUCGAUGGCGCGGUCGACUCAUCAACAGGCAAGCCAAUCACAUUCGAAUUGGAAAAGCCGGUGCCGAUCAAAGGGUCAAGAUUGCGCCUGUCGUUGAUCGGACGGUCGGUGACGAUCUCCUUCCGCACCUCUUCGUCGGCUUCCGCUCUGCAAUGGCUAGAGCCGGCGCAGACGGAAGGCGGGAAACUGCCAUACGUGUACACUCACUGCCAAGCGAUUCACGCGCGCUCGGUGUUUCCCUGUCAAGACACCCCGCGCGCGCGCAUCCGCUACACGGCGGACGUCAAUAUCCCGCGCAGCGCGCGCGCGGUAAUGUCCGCGGAACACGUGGGUCGAGUGGAUUUGGCGCCGCCACCGGCGACAACGACGGGGCGUGCGGCGGGGGAGCUAACGACAAAAAAAGAGGACGGAGAAGAAGUGGCGUGUCGGCGGGAAGAUGAAGAUGCGCCGGGCGGAGGCGGGGGAGGGGGCGGGGAUCGUGCGAUCGAAAAGUUCCGCAUGAAUCAGCCGAUCCCGCCGUAUCUUGUCGCACUAGCCGUUGGCGAUAUCGUAUCUUGCCGGAUCGGCCCGCGCAGCCAAGUCUACGCUGAGCCGUCCAUUUUGGCGGCAGCUGCUUUUGAAUUUGCUGAGGUGGAGAGCAUGAUCUCCCAGGCUGAAAGCUUGUUCGGUCCGUACGAUUGGGAGGAAUUCAACGUGCUGGUCCUCCCGCCCGCCUUUCCCUACGGCGGGAUGGAACACCCGCGCAUGGUAUUCCUAACCCCCGCGCUGGUCGUGGGCGACCGGUCGCUGGUCAACGUGGUCGCACACGAGCUGGCGCACAGCUGGACGGGCAACCUCGUUACCAACGCCACAGCGAACGACUUCUGGCUUAACGAAGGCUUCACGACGUACGCGGAGAGGCGGAUCGUGGAGAAGAUCGCAGGUGCUGACGUGGCGGCUCUACAGGCUGCCAUUGGUUGGGACCACCUGCAUCAAGAAAUCGAACGGUUCAAAGAUAGACCGCAGUUAACCAGACUUCGGGGGGAUCUAGAAGGCGUGGAUCCCGACCUUGUUUUUUCUACCGUCCCUUACGAAAAGGGGUUUUUAUUCUUGCGCCGCCUAGAGAAUGAGAUGGGUAGGGAAGCGUUCGACAUCUUCCUGAAGAAGUAUAUUAGUCGCUUUCGCUUUCAAUCGAUCACAACGACGGAGUUUGUCGAUUUCUUGAAGGUGAACGUGUCUGGAAUCGAACACAGGAUCGAUUUAGGGACUUGGAUGGAUGGCGAGGGGUUGCCAGAGGAUGCACCGCGAACCGUCUCGAAGGUUCUCGACCAGGUUCUCGGGCUUGCCAAGGGGUUCUCGUCAGGUGUACACGUGUCGGACUCCGAUUGCGCCACGUGGAAGUGGGAAGAAUGGCAGAUCUAUCUAGACAAUAUGCCCCAGAAGAUGAAAGCUGCCGAUCUGCGGGAACUAGAUCAACGGUUCCAGUUCUCGAAGGCGAAGAACUUGGAGAUACUCGUCUCCUUCUUGACGAUCGCCGCGAACUCUGCGUUCCAACCGUGUUUCCCGAUGAUCGUGCGCAGUUUGAUGACGAUCGGGAGAAUGAAAUACUUGCGGCCGCUGUACAGUGGACUCAUGGCAAGCGGAUCAAGCGCGGCCAAGGAGUUGGCGCGCAAAACCUUUGCCGAUGCGGCGCCGAGGUAUCACCCUGUGGCGAGGGCAGUUAUUCAAGAAGUGCUGGACAAGUCAAAAUGAGUUAAAAGGGCUAAUGAUGGAGGCAAGGAGGCGGGGUGAAAAAAAAGGGAGAGAAAGAGGCGGGGAAGAGGAGGGGAAGAGGAGGAGAAGAGGAGCGGAAGGCGGAAGAGGGGAUGGGGAAGGGGAGGAGAGGGGGUGGUUGAUCGACUUAGGGGAGGAAGAAGAUAUGGAUAGAGCGCCGCCGUGACGUCCCAGUGACGAGCGGUUUGACGAAGACGUCGCUGUUCAAAACCGUUACGUGAUGGUGGACGUGGCGUAACGAGGAGGAGUAGUAGUAGUAGGAGGAGGAAGGCGCUUCGCGCAGUGUGUGAGGCGUGGGAGAGUAGGGGCAUAACUGAUGGUACUGAUUAAUGACAAUAGGGGUGCGACGGCGAGGCAUUUUAACAAGAUGUGAAGAGGGGGAGGAGGACGCCAAGAAGAAGAAGAAGAAGAAGAAGAAGAAGGUGAUUGUGGCAAAGAGAUGAAGAGAUGAGAACAAUGGCGGCAACAGAAGUUUGGACACGAUGUUGGCGUCUGUGGGAGGCGAGGUCGUGGAGGGGGAAGAAGAAGAAGAGUCCUCCGGGACAUCCGUCAAAGUUGGAACGAUACAGAGGAGACUACCGUCUUCCCCCGAACACAACGCACCCUUAUUUUGGCUGUAUCUGGCCGGAAAUAUAGCUUGUAUACGUUCAUUGUUAGGGUGCGUUAUGUUCGGGGGAAGACGGUAGCAUGGGCCCUGUGCAAGGGAUGACACGGAUGGAAGAAGAGGAAGAAGAACAGCGUGAUGGUGAUAGUGGCGGCGAUGGUGACGGACUUGGAUGAAAUGGCCGAGAGCUUGAAAUGGGGGCCACGUAAUUGAACAGCAGGGACAUUGUUUUAGAGGAGGGAAAAGAAGAACAGGUCCUACGUUUGUGCCGAUUUUUUCUUUUUUUUUUUCUUUUUUUUUUUCAAGUUCUGUGGAACAAUGGCAUUUCAAUUUUGCGUUAGUUUCUGCAAAUUCU